AUGCCAACCUUAGUGACAUCCCUAUCCCUACUGGUGGUGUCCGGUCUGGUGAUGGCUAUUAGCGAUGAUAUCAGUGCAGAGUUGGUGUCCAAAGAUAAUACAAUUCAUCUGGACAGUCGGUACCUAACCUACACGAUGGGUGUAUUAGGACUGACUGACCAGAGUAGGGACAGCACCGGUAUGUCACAGGAAUUGUACGGCAAUAGGCCUAGGAAAGGGUCAUCCAGUCCACCCCCGUAUGAACCGCCGCCAAUAUUGAUUGCCAUUAGCGAAGAGGUAGCCUCCGAUCAUAUCGACCACUUGGAUGAUAAGGUACUGUUCCCCAGGCUAACGCUACGGCUAAUCCUAAUCUCAAUCGCUAUAUUGGGCAUUAUAUUUGCGAUUAUUGGUUUAUUCGGGUCAUACUACCAAAACUACGCGACCACCUUGCUACUAUCCGUACUGAACACAUUCAACAGCUUCUACUGUUUCGGUGCGUCCGCUCACUACCAAACAGUGUUCAUACUAUGGGUGUUCACUAUAAUCAAUAUUGUGGUCACAUUUUCGGGCUACCUGUACACCAUACUACUGUGCCUACAGAUAGGCACUCACCCCAUAAAUAUAGAGCAUACGGGUCGGACACUGUCUAUGGACGGCACCGGUAGGUUGGAUGAGCCGUUUCGAGAGAAGUCUAAUAUCUUUUUCUAUGAAUGUUAUUUGGAAUAA